AUGGCUUCCCCGGAGAAUCAUGUUGGUCAUGAACAACAAGAUCAGCACGAACAACAACGACGCCCGCACAUGAACAGCAGAGAAUAUGCUGUGUCCCAAGAUGUUCAGGAUCCUCUUCGUCAGAUCAGAAAUGAAUUCCUUAUUCCUUCCAGGGCCGAUCUGCAAGCCAGGACUUUGUCAAGUUUAGAGUCUCGAAUUUCCUCUCCUGGAGAUCCCUGUGUCUACCUCUGUGGUAAUUCACUUGGCAUACAGCCGCGUAUCACCUCUACUCGUAUAGAGCAAUAUCUCAAGACUUGGGCAACUCAAGGUGUAUUUGGUCAUUUCAAACCACUUUCUGAUUCGCCAUUACCAACAUGGCUGCACGUAGAUUCAAGUGCUUCAGAGAACAUUGCCCCUAUUGUUGGAGCGCAUCCUUCAGAGGUUAAUGUCAUGCAGACCCUGACUGCCAAUUUGCAUCUCCUCAUGUCCGCCUUUUACAAACCUGAUAUCAAUGGCAGGCAUAAAAUCAUAUUGGAAAGUAAGGCAUUUCCAUCAGAUCACUACGCCGUAGAGUCACAGAUCCGACACCAUAACCUCUCACCUGCUGCAUCGAUGAUUACCCUAGAGUCACAUUCGAUUGCCGAACCAACACUUUCAACAGAUUGCAUACUCAAAGCCAUUGAUAUCCAUGCUAAAGAUACAGCUCUUCUGAUACUCCCAGGGAUUCAAUUUUACACGGGUCAAUUGUUCGACAUACCCCUCAUCACACGCAGGGCUCGAGAUCACGGCAUAUUCGUCAUUUGGGAUCUUGCUCACGCAGUUGGAAAUGUUCCGCUUUACCUUCAUGAUUGGGACGUCGAUGCAGCGGCUUGGUGCACUUACAAAUAUUUAAAUUCGGGGCCGGGUUGCAUCGGUGGAAUGUUUAUUAAUGACAGGAACACUCGAGUACCUGAUUCAGCGCAGGACACUGAUGCGGGGACAGGGUUUGUGAAUAGAUUAAGUGGCUGGUGGGGUAAUGACAAAAAUACGAGAUUUGCGAUGGGAAAUGACUUCAUGCCGAUAGCGGGCGCUGCGGGGUUCCAAUUGAGUAAUCCAAGUGUGCUGGACAUCACAAGUUUGAAUGCAUCACUAGAGAUAUUCAAACUUGCCGGAGGAAUGGAAGUCUUAAGGGCUAAAUCCGUGAAGAUUACUGCUUAUUUGGAGGACUUGCUCCUAGGUACAGCAACUUAUGAAAAAGAAAGAUUCUCGAUCAUCACACCUCGGGAUAGAGAGCAGAGAGGUGCUCAGCUGAGUCUCCAGUUGGCUGAUGGGUUAUUGGAUGUAGUUAUGAAAGAGCUGGAGUUGAGGGGAGUGGUCGUGGAUGAGAGACGACCAAAUGUGAUAAGGGUGGCGCCAGCUCCUCUUUACAACAACUUCGAGGAUGUAUGGAAAUUUGUGAUGGCGUUUGAGGAAGCAAUGGAUGUCUCUUGGAAGGCAAAGCUUGGCGAAUUGUCUGCUGAGGGCACUCGAGAAUUGGAGAUGACCACAUGA